GUGUGAUCAGCGAGAAGUGCGAGCGCUUCGUCAACGGAUUAACUUUGUUAAAAAUUUUAGUAUUUAGGAAGUGAACUUUUUAAACAUGAGAGCCCGAUGGUCGACGAAUAGACUCUCUUUAUUAUUCCGUUAAAGUAUAGUGAUAAUUUAUGUUAUGUACGGGAUGCGGCGGCGACUGUGUUAGUGACAAAAAUAACAUUGUAUUGGCGAUGUCCCUUAUCAGUACAGUGGACGAAAAAAAGCAAUGCCGGACUUACAUUGUUUUCAAGAGAUUAAAUAAUCACACUAACUUUUUGGCUUUAUACAAAAUUUUAAAUUUGAUAUUGCCGCCUUUUUUUUUUCAACGCUUAUAAUAAUUGAAAAAUCGAAUUUUUUCCUGUUACAUUAAAGGCAUGCCAUCAAAAAAGAAUAUUAAGACCCCUCGACAACUAUGGGAGAAUGUUUCAUCGAGAUUUGUCCACUUUGUGGAGCAAAUAUUUUUCAUCCUCGGAGUGCACGUUGGAAGACAUCCAGUGCGGACUAUCAUAUUAAGUUGGACCUUUGUGAUAUUAAGUGGAGUAGGAUUGAUGAAGUUCCAUAUAGAAAAGAACCCCAUGAAAUUAUGGGUUCCAUCUGAAUCGGAUUUUUACCGUGACACAUAUUGGUACGUCAACCAGUUUGGAACUGCCUUCCGCCUGCAGAGGGUGCUGGUGGAAGCGGAUGAUGUCCUGCAGCCAGAUGUACUACAAGCCAUAUACAACAUCACAGAACAAGUAAAUACUCUACGAGUUAGAUAUGAUCAAACUGAUUACUCCAUAAAUGAACUGUGCUAUAAAGUCCCUGCCAUUACAAACUUUUUUAAUUUCAACACCAAAUCUGUGAAACAAAUGAGUGACAAUUCUAGCUUAUCAAAAGAAAAUAAAAAUAGUGAUAGUGAAUUUACAGACCCAACAUCUUGGAUUGGUGAAGAUUUUUACUGUGGAUUUAUUGAAAACUUUCCGAUGACAUGUUUGCAGCACAAUAUUGUGGACUUGUUUAAGAAUGACUUAGAUUUAAAUAAAGGUGCAACUAAACAUGACAUUGUUAGUAAAAUAAAUAGUGUUAAGACUAACCCAGUUUCGGGUCAUGAUUUUGAUUAUACAGAGUUGCUGGGUGGUGUGAGUCGUGAUGAAAGCGGAAAUAUUGUUGCAGCCAAGUCUGUUAUACUGACUUGGUAUACAGAAGUCAAUAUGUCUGCCGUUGAUUUGAAUCAAGUGGGUAAUUUAGUAGGGACUGAAGACUGGGUUACUGUGCCUCUUGGUUUGUGGGAACAGAAAUAUGUUGAUUUAAUGGUCACAUUAUCAAAUGAUCUGAGCAAUAUUACACUGUAUUAUGAAGCCGGACGAAGUUUCGGUGACGUAAGUGGAGAUGCGAUAAUUCAAGAACUUAGUAAACUGUUCAUUGGUAUACUUUUAAUGUUUAUGUACAUACAGUUUGGACUUUCUAGAUGUAACUGGUUAGAGGUAAGGUUGACUUUAGGCAGCGUAGGUUUACUCUGUGUAGGUAUGGCAUAUAUCUCGGCUGUUGGUUGGUGUUCCAUCAUUGGUAUCUCAUUUGGUCCUGUCCAUUCAUCUCUACCAUUUCUUCUAAUGGGUUUAGGUGUAGACGACAUGUUUGUAAUGCAAGCUUGUUGGGAGAAUUUAUCUGAAGCUGACUCGCAAAAGAGCAUCCCUUAUAAAGUGGGGCUGAUGCUGAAACACGCGGGCGUGUCCAUCGUCAUCACAUCCUUCACCGAUAUUGUGGCCCUACUGAUUGGCGCCAUUACAAUUUUACCAUCGUUGAAAUCUUUUUGUAUAUAUGCGGCGUUUGGGGUUUUUUUCAUUUUUUGUUACUCUGUCACUUUCUACGUAGCUGUUUUUACCCUGGAUAUAAAGAGAAUAGAAGCUAAUAGAAAUGGUAUCCUAUUUUGUUAUCGCCACAAAUCUCCAGUUUCGCUAUCUAAGGAUAAGACUACUAUUCAAAAAUUGUUUGCAAAAUUUUAUACAAACGUAGUUUUGACUACUCCGGGUAAAAUAAUAGUCAUUAUAUUUACAUUGACUGUUACAGGGUUUAGCAUAGAAGCAAUACUUAAACUAGAACAGAGGUUUGAUCCUAAAUGGUUUAUUCCCGAAUAUUCUGACUACAAACAGUAUCUGAACGCUCAUGACUACUAUUACCCGGAAGAAGGCCAUACGGCAAUGAUUUUCCUCGGAGAAAUGGAUUAUCGCCACGAACUGUCGCAUUUGCAUAAUUUGACAAAAUCUUUGGAAAAGAAGUCGUAUGUUAAGGAUGUUGUUUCUUGGCUCCAUCCUUUUCACGGAUAUGUACAAAGUAACUUCCAUUUAGAUGUGUACAACUCAACCGCCGUUUCAGAGGAACAGUUCAACUUGUAUUUAUCUAAGUUCUUAUUUAGUCCAAUCGGUGGAAGAUACCAAAUGAAUUUAAAGUUUACAAUACCGUUUAAGUGUGGUCAAUCGGCAACCACAAUAAAGGCAUCUCAUCUAUCAUUUAAAUUUACAAAAUUCAACGGACCAGACGAAUACAUACCGGCAAUGAAUCAAGUAAAAGAUUUAGUGCAGAAUGCGUCCAUAUCUUCCGGUGACGGAUAUCGCAGCGUAUGGUCGAAAGUCUUCGCCAACUGGGUCACAGAUGAAAUCAUAGCUGUCGAAGUCGAGAGGAACGUAGAGUUGGCUCUGCUGUGCGUCAUGGUUUGCACGGCAGUCUUGAUAACAAAUCUGCAGAUGUGUUUUUGGAUUUUCAUGUGUGUUCUGUUAACCAUAGUCAAUGUUUUAGGUUUUAUGCAAAGAUGGGGAAUGACUGUGGACAUAGUUUGCUGUAUUGGACUCGAGCUUGCGAUAGGUUUGUGCGUGGACUAUGCAGCGCACGUCGGACACACGUUCCUUACGAUUCCUGAUGGCUCCCGCUCCGAUAGGGCUUUCAAAACCAUUACGGCAAUAGGCGGUGCGGUGCUGUUAGGUGGAGGAGCGACCUUACUUUCCUUCUCUCUUCUAAGCAUGUCUCAAGCUUACACUUUCCAGACAUUUGCCAAAAUUUUCCUUCUCGUCAUAAUUUUCGGCUUAUUCAACGGGUUGGUGUUUCUGCCAGUGAUCCUGUCGUUAAUAGGACCGGCAGGUUAUAAAUCAAAUGUAAAAGAGCCUGAAGAGAUAGAAAUGAACGGAAAACAACACGCUCUAGAAACAGAAUGAAGAAUUGUUACAUAUAGCGGAAAUAAACAAUUUUCACAAUGCAUAUAAAUUGAUUUGUUAGAUUAGUACAAAUCUUGUGUCAGCUCUCAUGAAUGGCCUUGCAGUUCUUCCGAUCUUCAUACGAAAACAUGGCCACCACGUGCUCAGAAUGUGUGAGUAGUUACGAUGAUAGCAAUAGAUUAGAUUAUGAUUAAUAAAUGCAUGUUCCAUAACAAUGAAAUAACAACUAAAUGAUAUAUUUUUUUGUUUACUAGUCACGUUAUUUUUUAGGACAAACUUGUUAGAUUCUGUGAAUUAUUUGAUAUUUGUUUUCCGCUUAUAAUUUCGUCUUUGUUUGUCACUCAACUCACUCAUGUCCAUGCCUUAGGGUUAUGAGAAUGGUUAUCUCUGAACGCAAUUAAUUUAAACGAUUUGUACAGCCAGCUGCAAACAUAUUUCUUAGCGUCGACCCUAUUUUCGCUAAAGUAGUCAGGAUUCAGACCGUUUAGUAGCGUAGCGAGAUAUAAUUUUUCCUCGCUGUUACACUAAUUAAUACUUAACAGUAUGAUGAAUAAUGACCAGUAAGUACAAUAUAGGUACGUAAGUUAUCAGCGGGAUGGGUGUAUGCAUGUAGGGCAAAGUGUAAAAGUUGUUUUUUAUCUUUAUGUAAAUAAUAAGUACCCUUAGCAGAGGUAGCGUAACUAGCGUAGCUGCUGUACCUCGCACAUU